GUGCAGCGAUACAUUUUUAAUUACUAAAACUGCACAAUGUGACUGCAAAGGCUGUAAAUUCAAGAUAAAUCUGUACUGGAAAAAUCUCUGCAUCCUCUCCCAGAUUAUUGAUUUUUUCGGCCGAGCUCGCCCGGGGGAGCUUUUUAUCACAUUUCGGCGUCAAUUCUUCAAAAUCGGACAAUUCGAACCUACAAGCCGGACACACGCACACAUAGGUAUGGGAAAAUGAUGGGAUUUGUGGGCAAAAACGUAUGUACGCAUACCUGUCGUCAUCCCUGCCCGAGCCGGACGACUCGCCUUGCUGUUGCAAUUGGGUUUCGCCGCCGCCGUUUUCGGCGCCGUUCAGCAGGGCAUCCUCGCUCUCCAGGUUGUCGCAUUCACCACCCAUGUCCUCCUGGAAAUCUCCGUUACCGCUGGCGUCGUAGUCCUGAUCGGCCAUGGCGAUUUAUCGGCUGAAAAUUAGGCGAAAGUCGGAUAAAAAAGAUUCGGCGAAAAUGGACGCCAGGGAUGCGAUCGGACGAAUGCAAACAGCGCCGCUUCGCUACGGUGGCAGGUUUGCAAAACAUGCGCUCCGCUAACGCCACGGACAAGCCACGGAUCUUUCGUCUUUUGCAGGGGGAAUUGGAAUUACGGGAGUGUAGGCGGAAUGUUUUUUUAGCUUUCAAGAAAGAAACGGGGGAAGUACCCAAAAGCCAAAACAAUCAUAACACAUGGACCCUCAUAUGUUCACGACCGGUGUCGAAGUCAAAGUAUUAUGUAGCAAAAGAGGAAGAAAGGAAGAAAUUUAAGUACAUAAUAUUCCAUAUGCUAAAUGUGAUACACAUACAACGAGUGAGAGUCUUGUUAGAAAUUCUGCAAACAAAAUCUAAUUGUAAAUUAGAUGAUGACAGUGCUGCUUGGAGCUAUUUAAAUGAUAUGCAAAACAGCCCAAUAACCAAACGUCGAAAGUCUGUGAGCGAUUCUCCCAGUUUUCGAAUCUUGAUCAAUCAAAUGGCCGUCAACAACCAAAUGUCUUCUGACGAAGAAAGCCAAGAAGAGGAGACCGAGACCACACCACUCGGCAUCUGCAUCAAGGUUAAAGGAGGAUAUCUGUCCUCAAGCAGCAACAGCCUCAAUAUCGAAUCAAAUACACUAAAAACAGAAUUGCAUUGCGCUUUUAGUCAAAAAAAUUUGAGCAAAGAUGCAAUUAAAAUUGACAACAAAGCCAAAACUGCAGCUCGCAAACCCUGCUGGCCGAACUCCGUCAUUCAUAUAUUAGUACUGAUUUUGGCAUUAACAAUUAUUGCUGUAACUGCAUUUACACCAAAUAUGCGUGCAGUAGUUCUUAGUAGUGUAUUCCAUCAAAAUGCCCAGCUAAAUAAUAAAAAUGGCAAAGAAAUCAUUGAGAACUUGCAACAGCUGAAAGCACUUUUUCCAAAUCAGAGCAACAAUUUUUGGAAUUCACUUGAGGCAGGUUUUAAGGAUCUGGAACAACCUGACAAGCCUAAGCCUAUGAUCACAUUACUUGUCCACAGCCCUGACGAAGCACAACUAGCGCACUGUCUGGCAGGCAAACUGACUGGUCUUGUGCAUUCUGAUCCUGUUUACGUCAAAACGUCCAAUUUGAAGCACCUUCAAGAGUACGGCAACUUGAUCGAACAACUGCAAACCUAUUUGACCAAAGAAAACAGUGUCAUCGUGAAAGACCUCCACAGACUGCCAGGCCGUCUCGCACUUGCCCUUCACGUGAUUUGCGACCGUGAAUCCCCACUGGCCAACCUUACCAUGGUGACCAUGACCUUGGAGGUCGAUGACCUGAGUAGCAAAGCUGUCCAAGAACUGUUGUCUACAUUGUGGGCUGAGCACAUUGAUGCAGACAAAAUGCCUGCUCUGCUCACCAGAAUUGUGUCGAGGGUUCUCAAAGUUGAAAAGCAACAGGCUUUGCCUAAAUUUUGUAACUAAUGUUGAAAAGUUUCAUAUGAUGAAUUGUGCCAAAGCAGUAUUUUCUUGUACUUGAUUCGAAGAAACUCUAGUUAUCAAAAGUAUUUCCGAUUGAAAACUAUUAAAAAGUGAUUCUAUAUUAAAAGGCUAAACUAAAAAAUAACUCCUGGUGAGCUUAAGAAAUGAACUUUAAUUUAUAUGGAUUUUUGCAAAUAAAAUUUUCAAAAUUUUUCCAUUUGGA